AUGGACUUCAGCAUACCUCGUAAUAUUUCUCCUGAUGCUCUAACGAAGUUGCAGAGUAUUAUUAGGGACUUUCAUGAGGGCAAUUUAACGGCUAGGGGAUAUAAUUCGAAACGACAACAGGUGCUGGAAAGGGAGUCGCAAGUAUGCAGCGUUUCACCUGUUAAGGAUUCAGCAAGUGUAUCCAGCAGUCAGCAACCUCAACAUCAUAUAUCAUCAUUUCCACUCUCACCUGGUUCUGCUAUAUCACAGAGUUAUACUUCCCAUACACGAGAUCAUUCGGUGACUUCGACAGCGAGGACAAGCGCGACUCACGACAUCCAGUCGAUGACGUCGCAGUCUCUGUAUCGUGUGACGACAUCAAAUUCGAAUCCAGUGUCGCAUAACUUAUCACCGCAUGACCUUCAAUAUUACAAUCCUAAUUAUGGCAAUAAUUCAUACAGGCCCAUGAUUCCAUUACUGCCGAGAAUUAAUGAUCAGUCACAGUUUCUUAAGGAGUCUUUACCUUCCAUUUUGAGGGCCCGGUCACAGGUGUAUGAACGGGAGACUGCUAUACUUGGAAUCAAUUCUCGGGGAAAGGAAACAUCCAUAUCAUGGGAUAAAUUAUACUUGAGGGCUGAGAAAGUUGCCCAUGAAUUGGGUAAAAUCAAACCGCGUAAGACAGAAAAGAUAUUACUGUGGUACGAUGGAGGAGAAACGAUCGAGUUCUCUGUAGCACUACUCGGCUGUUUUAUUGCUGGCCUGAUAGGAGUACCUGUAUCGUUUGAAACUUACACAUUGAAUGAAAUUAUUGAAAUUAUAAAGCAAACCAAUGCUAAGCUGAUAUUAAUAUCUGAAGAAUGCAUGAAGCAGUUGGAUAAUCUGCAUGUUAGUAGUAAUUCUAAAUUGCAUUUAACAAAGAGUGAUUUCUUCUCGCGACUAACAUUUGUGAAAACAGAUGAUUUGGGAGUUUAUUCUAGGGCCAAAAAGGCUUCUCCAGUAUUUUCUAUUCCUUCCGUAUCAUAUAUCGAAUUUAGCAGGACUCCCCUCGGAAAGUUAUCGGGCGUUGUUAUGAAGCACAAAGUUCUAUGGAGGCAAUUUGAGAACUUAACUGAUAUUCUAAAUUCAAGGGCUAAAUCUAACUGGAAAAAAGGUUCAAUAAAAUGCCCUUACAAAGAUGGGAAACGAAGUUCUUCUAGGUAUGUUAUAUUGUCUAGUUUGGACCCAACAAGAUCAACUGGGCUCGUUUUAGGCACCUUAUUUAACAUAUUCAGUGGAAAUCUUUUAAUUUGUGUUCAUGCCAAUUUAUUAAAGCGCCCUGGUAUUUACGAAUAUCUCAUAAAUAAAUAUCGGGCGGACGUUUUGUUAAAUGAUCCUUUGCAAUUAAAGCAGGUGGUUAUUAACUAUUUGGAGAAUCCAGAAUCCACAAUCUCUAAGAAAUCAAAAAUAGAUUUCAGCUGUAUCAAGCUGUGUCUCACGUCCUGUACAACAAUAGAUACUGAAGUAGCUGACAUGAUUGUCCACAAAUGGUUGAAAAAUUUAGGCUGCAUGGACGCUUCACAAGCUUAUUCACCUAUGCUUACUCUUCUGGAUUUUGGUGGUAUAUUCAUCUCAGUACGUGAUCAGUUAGGAAGGAUGGAGAAUUUUCCUCUACAUGAUCCGAAGUUGCGAUUACAGGACGAUGUGUUUAUUGAUAAGGAGCAGUUGAAAGAUAAUAUUGUGCAGCCAAGUAUUUCUGCAAUGAUUAAUUCCUCCAGUUCUAUCAAAGAUUUUUUACGUCUAACUACUUUUGGGUACCCUAUUCCUGAUUCAACUAUUUGUGUCGUUGAUCCAGAUACAAGAGUAUUAGUUGAAGAUUUGACGGUGGGUGAAAUUUGGAUAUCAGCACCUAGCGUGACUGACGAGUUUUACCAUAUGGAACGACUAACGGACUUUGUUUUUAAUGCAAAAUUAAAUUUUAAGAAGAUGAUAUCCACACUAGAAUCUUCCGAAGAAAAGUUCAAAAGUGAGUCUUAUAUGGCGAACAUUGAAAGGUUGGACACUAUAAUGACUUUGGUUCCUCCUCAAACUUCUUUUUUAAGAACUAAGUUAAUUGGAUUCAUCCAUAAUGGGAAAAUAUAUACGCUAUCUCUAAUCGAAGACAUGUUUUUACAAAACAAAUUGAUAAGGCUACAGAAUUGGUCUCAUACAUCAGAUGUGAAUAGAUCUAUUAAAGAAAAUCCUAAGAAUAAUAGAAUUUCCGCGUUGUCAAAAAGCUCAUUAUCUUUGGGUCCGAAGAGAAUUGUUCAAACUUUCUAUUUACAGCAUAUCAGUGAAAACUUAGUGCGCACUGUUGAUAAAGUUUCUGAAGUAUCUGCAUUUGAAUUGGGGCAUAAAAAUUAUGAACAUUAUUUGGUUAUGGUUGUCGAAAGUUUUUUGGCUAACAAUGCCAUUUUAAACCAGGGUUCGUCUAAUACAAACAUGUAUGCGAUGCACGAAAAGCUUGCAAUGGAACAGAAAAUGAAUGAUCUCACGGAGCAGAUCUAUAAGAUACUUUGGAUAUUUCAUAAAAUUCAGCCUUUCUGUUGUUUGGUAGUACCACCUGACUCCUUGCCAAGAAGAUAUUGUUCUAUGGAAAUUGCUAACAGGACAGUAGAAAGCCGCUUCCUAAGCGGUAAGUUGAAUUCAAAGUUCGUUAAGUUUCAAUUGGACAAUGUCAUCCUAGAUUUUGUUCCUCAUUCCAGCUAUUAUAAUGAAAGUAUUUUUUCUGAACAUUUAUCAAAAUUAAGACAUCAUGCGCUAAGUAUGCAUAUUGUAGAAACACUUGGUAUUCCACCUGAAUCAACGUGGCAAACCUCUGGACUUGAUUAUAAAAAAGAUUCAUAUGACGAAGACACAGGUGAACCACUUACUGGUUUUAACACAAUCAUGGAUAUUUUGGAAUGGAGAACUUCUAGACAUGCAACCGAUUUUGCCUUCAGCAAUGGAUCCGAUUACCAUAUUGCAGGUGGUUCAGCUGAUCAAUAUAGAAAACUUUCUUGGGAAAAGAUCAGCUCCUUAAUUGCAUGCUUUAUUAAAAAGAUAGUUGAUUCAAAGAAUCCUUUGAAGCGUGGAGACCAUGUUAUAAUUAUGUGUGAAAAUACAGUCGAUUACGUGGCAAUCGUCCUCGCUUGUUUUUACUGCAGAUUGGUUAUCAUUCCGUUGCCUUUAUUACACGAUACUCAUAGUGAAGCAGAAGUUACGUUUUUAAUGAAUGUUAUUAUGAAUUAUGAUGUCAAGAGAAUAUUUGUGGAUCAAAAAGUUGAGAAUUUGCUAGAGCAGAAUUCUCAGAUCAGCAUCCUCUUAAAAAAGAUUAAAAACCAAUUGCCAAAAAUAACUACUAUCACGAAAGUAAAGAGGAGAUCAGGAUUGCUUCCUAAACAAUACCAGUUCAUCCUUGAAGAGCAAUAUGGUACCCUAUCAACCCAAGAAGCUUGUGUGGUCUGGAUAAAUCGCGACGAUGACCGUUCAGCAGCGUUGAAUGUCAUUAUGUCUCACAGUACUUUAUUAAAGAUGUGUAAAGUUUUGAAGGAAACUUUGAAGAUGACUAAAGAUAAACAUAUAAUGUCUGUUUGCUUUUUUACUAGAGGUAUAGGGUUUUUAUACAGCUGCUUGCUUGGGAUAUUUGUUGGGGCUUCUACAAGUCUUUUCAGUUCUACAGAGCUUAUAAAUAACCCUAAAAACCUACUAAUUGGGUUGCAGAACACGAAUGUUAAGGAUAUUGUAUUAAGUCCUGAUGUUCUAUAUAUGAUUAUGGACCGAGGUAGUGCUAUCUUAGAAAACCAGGGCAAAAUUGUUUCUUCAAACGAAAAGGGCAAGAAAGAAUCAAAGUCUUUAUCUGUAUUAAAGCCGUAUUUCUUGCGUCAUGUGGAGAAUAUCAUGAUCCCAUUCACUGGGCGCCCAAGAUUUCGAGCCAUAGAGGCGCUGAUCGGAAAGUACCCUCUUGCUGGAGCUACGCAUCUGCAAGUAAACUACGUUUAUGAACAUCGUUUCAAUCCGUUCAUCUCUCUAAGAUCUUAUUUGGGAAUCUUGCCUAUUGACAUAUACUUGGAUCCGGUUUCGCUUCGCGAAGGUAUUGUUAAUGAGCUAGAUCCGUUGGUGGUUAGUAGUUCCGUUUUAAAAAAUGCUAUCCACCUUCAGGAUUCUGGUAUUGUUAGUGCAUGUACUGAAGUUUCAAUUGUGAAUCCUGAAACAUUGGAACAAUGUUACGAAAAUGAAAUAGGUGAAAUAUGGUGUUGUUCUGAAGCUAAUGUAUUCGAUUAUUCGAUAUGCUCCCCUUCACGCACGUCAAGCAGCAGAGAAGUAACCGGUAUUAAUAAGAGAAGCAAAAUUACUAGAGACCUCUUCAUUAGCCAGCAGUUCAGGUCAAAAAUUAAAAAUCAAGAUGAUAUCGGAUUGUCAUAUUUGCGGACAGGUGAUUUAGGAUUUAUUAAAACUGUUGAAAGAAUAGACUCUAAGGGAGGUAGCAUGAAUUUAUCUGUUUUAUAUGUUCUGGGAAGCAUAAAUGAAACUGUUGAAAUAUUAGGGUUGACUCAUUUCGUUAUUGAUUUAGAAACCACGGUCUUAAAAACACAUCCAAGUAUUGAAAAUUGUAUCAUUGUAAAGACUGGUGGAUUACUUAGUUGUUUAAUCGAGUGCAAUAGUAAUUCGGAGAUCCCACAAUAUUCUAAUAUAACUCCUUUGGUUGUAAGCUUAUUAUUGAAACAACAUGGUGUUGUGUUGGAUUUAUGUUGCUUUGUGAAGCUGAAAUCAUUAAACUACAUUGUUAAAGAUUGGCAGAAGAAUAGAUCGCAGCUCUUGGAGGAUUGGUUAAAUAAGAAGUUAACUAUUGAAGCUCAAUAUGGUGUUAAUGUGGGGGAAAACAACUCUAUUUAUUUGUUGUCGGAUUUUGAGAAGGUUCAAUAG